CCUAGCUCUAGCGAUAUGAGUAAGUAGCUAAGUCAAAGCAGCGAAACCAUCUUGAUAUUACCUAUCCCACGCAUCAUCAUUACCUGCAUACAUAGUAUUGCAUUGUGGGAUACUGCGGUCGGCAGUUAAGUUGCCGUUCAACUUCACACUCGCUUUCCCAUUACAUAUACGCCCAUUUUGGUACACAGGAUUCCCUCUCUUUGUUUCUAAGUGCUUGCUUGCUUCUCACUGUGCACUGCUACCGACGCUGCCCAACAAUGAGGGGCUUCAUCUUUGCCACCGCCUUCACCGGCGUAGCCUCCAUGGCUAUAGCUCCGUCUAUGAGUUCUGAGAAACUUGACAUCGACACGCGAGAGCCAGGUCUUCCCCCGACCGUCGACGCUUCGGCCACUAGGUCGGCCUGGGUAUCUUCCUAUUCCUAUGGCAAAAAGAAGUUCGACUAGGGACAACCAGGUCUUCCCCCGACCGUUGACGCUUCGGCCACUAGGUCGGCCUGGGUAUCUUCCUAUUCCUAUGGUAAAAAGAAGUUCGAAUGGGAGCGCCCGAAUCACUGGCUUCCGUCGGGGCCCGGAUACCUCGACCUUGCCUCCCUUGAAAGAGGAUACCGCGCACACCUUAUGGCCAUGGAUAGUUCAGCUUCUUGGCUACACACGAGCGUGGUUGGGGUCAAGCGCUUCUUUGGCAUGUGAGAUACAUGUGGCGCAUGGAGGUCUGAGGAGCCAAUGAGUUACCCGUGUUGCACUUUCAUUUUUUGGUGUUCAUGUGUUCACUCGAGUAACAUUUGCGGUGUUUGCGCACAGCUAUCCAUUCCUUUUAAAAGCUUCAGACAUGUCUCUCAGAAAUACCUACCUAGCUAGCGAGGUGGUUCAUAAAGUAAUUAGCAUUCACUGAAUGCAGAAUUGAGUCCUGUCUCUCGUGCUUAGAUGCAAACAACACUGAAGAAAACUGCGUACCUAAUCAAUCUACACAAAAAUAUUCUAUUGACUUCC